UGAAAUAGUCCAUCACUAACGGCUUCUACUUUUUUUAUCGAGUUAUAAAUGCAUUUACUACCAGGAAGAAAGUGAAUAUGUAUUAAAUGGCAACUGACUCCAAGCAUAGCAUGUCAGCGGCAGUUGAAUUUACCACUGGCUGCUGAAAGGUAGACUUAAGACUUGCGCAACAAAGCGUCGUCAGGAGUAGUUGACUAUCAGGCAACGCUUGAGAUGAAUUCGUGCAGCGACAGUAGCAACGAGUCCAUGGAGCGGAAUGUCAAUCAUGUUGCAUCGGGCGCUCACUCGGAGCUGCACAUGAACUUUGGCGCAGCGUGCAAGCCAGUUUCACAGGAGCGUUACGUCUGGGAGAUGCGCACACGUAGCCCAAAUGUGACGCCAGCUAGUACUGUGUUAAACUCACCGGAUCUGAACGCUGAGCUGCAGUAUGCGCCAAUGCAUCAUCACCAGGCAUUUGAGCGGGUGUCGCCGCCGCAUCAACUGCCUGGAUACAUGUCCUCGCAGCACCAACAACAGCAGCAGCAGCAGCAGCAACAGCAGUCGGGGUACUAUUACCAGCGUCCGCAUCCACACCAGAUACGCUUGGGCCGCAGCCCAGGCAGCAGUCAGUUUGAGCCAGAGGGGAUAGCGAGUCCCGGCUCGCCAACAGAUGUGGGGAAAGCCGAUGGGCAGUGUUUGCGCGAUGGCGAGAUUGUUGUGUUUGACGACAUCGACACAAACUGGAUGAAUAAAUCGGCAGCACUAACAGCCGCAGAAAAGGACAGCAAUGAGGACGUUCUAAAGGUCACCAAGAUGAUUGGCCAACUGCCCAUAGCCGAAUAUGAGGGCUCCCCGCGUCGUUUUGGCAACCAGCAAGUGGCUGCCAAGGGUGUUGGCUUUCCAAGGCGAGCACCUGGCUUUCCACAACGGGUCUCACCUAUCAAACAACGAUUGGAUAAUAACGGUAAAUCAUCCGUUGGCAAUCUUAUCGAUCUGAUAGAUCACGAGGGUACGUCCGCAACGGCAACCUCGAAGACACCCACUUUUGAUUAUCUGUACGAGUUCUCUGAGACUCGUAAAGUGCUUGAGGAGUUCUUCAAAGGCAACCCCGAUGACGACGAGAAACGAUUUACGGACUACACAACGGAAAGUGGAGACGACGUGGCCAGUUCGGACACACAGCCGCGCGUGUGCGAUGUGGAUAAACAUGUCGAGCAAGCCUACAUUGGCCAACGACUAGCUAGAAUACCCAAAGACGAACUCUACAUGGUCCAUCGUUCGCCCAGGAUGCAGCCAAGCGAACACAAUGCCUACCAGGAGCACAACGACAUCGAGCUGUACAUCGAUUCGAACAGUCGCAGUAGCGGCGACCUGGCCGACACAGAAUUGGAGGCGAAUCUGCGACGACAUUCGCGUAAUUUUACGCUGUCGCCAGAGACGACGGAUUACGAUUCGAAUUGUGGCGAUUUGGACAGCCUAUCGAAUGAUAUCAACUGCACCACAACCGAUUAUGGCAAGCUCUACACCAGCAUGCCGGUGCUAGAGGAUGGACUUAGCAGUGGUCAUGCCUCGGAUACUGAGAACAAUGUAUCCGUCGUCUGCGACAAGCCGCAGCAACCUCAAACACAGCUUCAGCCGCAAGAGCAGCUUAGCCAAAUUAAUCCUGAGCACGAGCACAAUGGCAACAGCGACAGCGAGCGACUACAGAACGAACACAACGGCGUCGGACCGACAGAGGCAGUAGCGGCAGAUAACGCGCAGCCAAUCGAGUUUGUAACAGCGCUGCCAGCGCAAACGCCGUUGCCUGUAUCGCCAACGGCCACGCCACCGCCGGAGCAAUAUGAAGAGCCGCAGCCACAACUGCAGCUUAUCGAUGGCAAUAAUGCUGAUAGCGACAAUCCCGCAGACACACACUACGGUCCAGUUUACGCAGCAGCCAUGGCAGCAACUGCAAAUGCGACUGUGACAGCUGGCAACAAGCCAGCAGUAAUCGCACCGCCAGUCGAGAUACAAGAGGCCAUGAAAGAGAUACGUUCAGCGUUGCAGCGCGCCAAAUCACAGCCGGACAAACUGAAGUUCUGCGAUGAAGUGCUGCCCGCGGAUCCGGAUUCGCCGGUGUGGGUGCCACGCAAGAACGCAACAACAACGGCAACGGCUACGCGCCACGACGAGGAGGAAGCCGACACUGACCUUGAAACGGAUCGGCUACUAGGCGAGAAGGAUUUCUUUGCAGAACAGACCCUGGCACUAGCUGGAGCCGCUGACAACAAUGCCAACGGCUUGAUCAAUAACAACAGCAGCAGCCUAAAUAUCAGCGACAACAAUAGCAAUCCCAAGCCGCAAACGUACUCGUCGGCCACCAUACGGCAGGGCAUCGGCACCUCGUUAACACACAACUCUCCGGACAUUUGCCAGAUUGUGGGCAAUGCGGAUGUCUCGAUCAGCUCGCCGGAGAAACUGCAAUAUACAAAGAGUCCAACGGGAUCAAUCAAGUCGAUAAAAGAUGCGGCCAACAGCGACAAGAAAACCCAUUCGCGAAAUAAGGAAGGUUUCUUGGAACCCAAAGUGCUUAUUGAAGGCGUACUUUUUCGUGCCCGUUAUUUGGGAUCCACGCAGCUAGUGUGCGAGGGUCAGCCGACCAAGUCGACGCGUAUGAUGCAAGCCGAGGAGGCCGUAUCCCGCAUAAAGGCUUUGGCGCCAGAAGGCGAGAGUCAGCCAAGCACCGAAGUGGAUCUGUUCAUAUCAACCGAGAAGAUAAUGGUGCUUAAUACGGACCUCAAGGAAAUCAUGAUGGAUCACGCUUUGCGUACCAUCUCCUAUAUAGCCGAUAUUGGCGAUUUGGUAGUGCUUAUGGCGCGACGACGCUUCAUACCCAAUGGGGGUGGUGUUGUCGUUGAUUCCCUUUCGACUUCGAGCCCUGGCGAGACCAUCGAGGGCGAGACGUUGAAGGAGAACGGCGGCAACAACAAAGAGACCGGCUCAUCCAAUAAACACAAUCGCACGCCCAAAAUGAUAUGCCACGUAUUCGAGAGUGAUGAGGCACAGUUUAUAGCCCAGUCCAUUGGACAGGCGUUUCAAGUAGCCUACAUGGAGUUCUUGAAGGCCAACGGCAUUGAAAAUGAGAAUUUGGCUAAGGAAAUGGAUUACCAAGAGGUGCUUAACAGUCAAGAGAUAUUCGGCGAUGAGCUGGAGAUAUUCGCCAAAAAAGAGCUGCAGAAGGAAGUGGUUGUGCCCAAGGCGAAGGGCGAAAUUCUGGGCGUUGUAAUUGUGGAAAGUGGCUGGGGCUCAAUGCUGCCAACGGUGGUUAUCGCCAAUCUUAUGUCCGGUGGUGCAGCCGCUCGCUGCGGCCAGUUAAACAUUGGAGAUCAGCUAAUUGCCAUUAACGGCAUGAGUCUUGUCGGUCUACCGCUAUCCACCUGCCAGACCUAUAUACGCAAUGCCAAAAAUCAAACUGCCGUCAAGUUUACCGUAGUGCCCUGUCCGCCUGUCGUUGAGGUGAAAAUUCUGCGUCCCAAGGCGCUCUUUCAGCUUGGCUUCAGCGUGCAAAACGGCGUGAUUUGCAGCCUCUUGCGUGGCGGCAUCGCUGAGCGCGGCGGUGUACGAGUUGGCCAUCGCAUCAUAGAGAUUAACAAUCAAAGUGUGGUUGCUGUGCCCCAUGAUACCAUUGUGAAGUUGUUGUCCUCAUCUGUGGGCGAGAUUUUGAUGAAAACUAUGCCUACGUCCAUGUUUCGUCUGCUAACCGGCCAGGAGACGCCAAUUUAUAUCUAAUUCAAGCGUUAUAUAAUUAUGCUUAUGCACCUCUCAGCACAGACACUCACACGCACACACACACAGACACGCAUACGAGCAGAGAUACACAAAGAUAGCUCAAAUGUCUGUUGUUUAUACAGUCCAACAUGCCUAAAUUGAAUUAUCUGAAUGUACUUUUUAUUUAGCCAAGCACCACAAAUGACACUCAAACUCAACUAAAGUUGCAAUUACUAAAACAAGGAACUAGCCAUACUCAUCCAAUAAUACUAAGCACUCGCUGAAUGUAGCGCGCUUAAGAUUUGCUUUAUUUGAACUUUUUUUUUCUUCAAUGUUUAUUUGUUCUAUGUAUAUG